GCUUAGUCUAGGCCACAAGUCAGCAUAAGCCAGCUGGCAAGCCAGCGCCUCCUGCUUUCAACAACGGCACCAUUCGAACUUCUAAGCUCAGUCUGUGCGGCAGGCACUAGGAGAAGAUUUAACCUAGAUGCUCAUCCCCAGAGAUAAUGCGAUCCCAGGCAAUUUUAAUCAUACAAUAUAUGUACCACACGUUUUAGAAAGGUAUAAUGUUAUGGCAAAGGGUGUCAGGUACUAAAGUAACAUAUCAGUUGGCGAAAACUGUCACAACCUUCUACUUCCUAUGCUUGUGACUGUAUAUUGGGCCAAUCCCUCGACCAGAGGCAUUUCAACACUGGCUGCAGUGAUUUGAACACAACAGGCUGAGGUAGUGGCAUUGUGGCCGUGUGUUUGUCUCAGCGAAAGCGUCUGCGGCAAAAGGACAAGUCUGAAUGCGUGAUUCUCUCGUCUCACAUCACGACUCGGACUGCACGAGGUGAUCUGUGCGAUGUGCACAGUACAUGGUCUGCACGACAUCGACCAAUCGCCACGUGCUAACUCUCUUGAUUGUGUGAAUAUCGUAAACGGAAACGGAGGUCCUUCUUUGAUCAGUUACGGCGAGAUUAAUAUCGGUAAGCGCUGAGCACGUGCUCCGCGUGAAGAUCCAUGGCAGUACAUGAUUGUACAUUUUAUGACUGUACUCGUUCGGAAGGUGGGUGAUCCGUAACGGGCUGCGUGACAGUAGCCCAAUGGCAAUACACACUACCAUCUCCUAGGCUAAUGUACCCGCGCUGACCGUAGGUACUUUUCGAGUCCUGCUGUUGAGCUAAUCUCAAGUCAAGCGUCCUCGCUUCAGACUUCGGUACACCAGGAGAACAUCAUCAAGUCAAGUACGGCUGGAGUACUUUACCUGGAGACAUACUUACAUGACUGUACAUCGCCCUCGCGCCCAUCAUUCGAACAUUUUGCAAGACUUUCUGGGCCCUGACCGGUAUAACCGCGCCGACUCUAGUGGCAAGUUUUGAGAUGAUAAUUGCUCGCUGACUAGAUAUAACAGGUUCUUGCACGAUGGGAGCGCUAGAACACGUUGCUCUGACGCCAGUAUUGCAGUAAAGAAGAAGUUGCUGGUUUCCACACGCUAGAUGCUGUAUCCAGGCCUUAGAAGAUCGGCGUCGGGUGAUCGUCACUGCAACGUCUUCAGUAUGGACAAGCAGACUAGAACAUGCACUUCAGACUACCCUCCAAUUGUACCUAUUGUAACAUACGCGGCUUCGGUUCAGCCUCAUGGGCCCUUAUUAGUUUCAGGAAUGCAGCUCUCGGGAGGAAACGCAGAGGAAACACAAGUAGCAGUGUCACCACCAGCAGCAGCAGCAAUGCCAGCACCGCCAGCACCAUCGACCAUCCCAAUUCCUCGUCAGUAUGUAAUUGUACAACAAGCCUUUCCAGCAAUGACAUCUCCCUCCUCCUCAAACAACCAAGCUUCCAGUUUCCCUAUGUUUGCACAACCCAUGACCUUCCAGGCACCAGUAAACGUUGUUUAUUCACCACACUACAUUGUUACUACAUCAACUAGUGCCAGUAGCUCUUCGCCAGUGUUUCCAAUUCCUGUUAUGCAGCCUCCAGCAUCAAUAAGCCAUGUUGAUCACGAAAGAACUAAAAGCGAGUUGUCUUCAUCAAAUGAAGAAGAAGUUCCAUUUUCUCCACGACACAACCCUCAAUAUGCAGUUGUCCCGCAGCCUGCAUUUCAUCUCCAGCCAGUAGCUGUUUCCCAGUUUGGCAAAGACCAUCCCAAGAUGGAAACAAGCUUACAGAGAAAGUCCUCGACUGACUCCGAUCACAGCUCACUGGACAAAUGCCAGGACUUGGACUGCAGCGAGGAGAACCAUCCGGCAGCACCCAUGGGCGCAGUACAGAUUGAUGGUGUAGAUACCACAGCGGCAGCGGCAGCAGCAGCAACAUCUAGCCAAGCAGCUCGCCCAGCCUGGAUGAACCGACAAAGGAUUCGUUUCACAGUGGACCAGACAGCUCACUUGGAAGACCUAUACAAGGUCGAACAAUAUCCAUCUCUGGCCACGAGGAAAGCAACUGCAGCUGCUUUUGGUCUUCCGGAAAAAUCUGUUAGGGUAUGGUUUCAAAACAAGCGAGCCAGGGAGAAGCUUUUACCGGGAGCCACCGGCGCACGAAUGCCUGCUCCAGUUUCAAGCAGUGGUUCUGGCAUGACGGCUGCGACUCUUUCCACCACCACCUCUGAAAAACCGGUUCUCUCGGCAACAGGACAGCCCAUGCCACCACUCUCCCCUACUAGUACCUCGCCCACUACUCCUCCGGCGACAAAGCCAGCCAGCUAGCACUAUAGUAUAGCUUGUUUUAGCACACCACCGAAGAACAAUACGUCGCAGUAUGCUAAAUCCUCCCCACUCUACUGAACCUAUGACAAUUAGAAACAUUAUUCACAACCCCGACAGCUAUUAUUAACGUGACGCAGAGGUCCACCGAGACACUAGCAUCAUCAUCAUAAUAGUCGGACAUUAGCUCGCCCGCAUUCAGCGGACCUAGCAGGCCCACAGCUGUAGUGACUGUAGUGACAGAUCCCACCCACUGAUGAUCAUGAUCCACCCAGCCCGGUGUGGUCCAGGAAGUCAGGAAGAAUACGCCCUGAUAGCUCAGCUUUGGCCACUUUGUUACAAGAAUGAGACACGCUGUGUUGUCGAUGAUCAAAGAUCCUAGGUGUGAGAAGGGUGCGCUUUUCAAAACUGUGAUCGUGCACAGGAGCUCCUCUACUUUCCCAUUGUUGCUAGUUAUGGCCAGCUUUGAAGAUACGUGUACAAGUAUCUUAGCUUGAACUGAGUAGCUUCAAGCAAUUAAUUCUCAACGGUUCGAAGUGUUCACAAUCCAGCUAAAACACGCAAGCUAAAUAACUUAUGACGCUGCUUAGAAAGUUUUCCAAGUAAUCUUUGGACGAUUGAUAUUAUCCUUCCAGUCCUGCCCUACAGUGCUAAGACGUGGCCACGAUUUAGGCUGGCCGAGCUGACUUGUAGUAAUUUCUUGAUUCCGUUUUCAAAUUGUUGAUUCUCUGUUACAUAUUGAGGUACUACCUAUUUCAGUAGUGAUAUGUGCGUCCCAGUUCUCGCUAUCAUG